CGGCCUACAACAGUCACCGCGAGGCAUCCAGCCUCUCUAUCUUCGCUGCACGCAGGGCCGCAUCAAGUGGUACUAUCCGCGUGGGGCAUUGCGGGUCCUUCUUAGGCCUCCACUGUCUACAUUCCAAGGCUGCGUGAGGAUAGCAGCCAAUUCCACAGGUGCCCGUCUGUACCUGGAAGGAGAAAAGAAGCUGUACCCUCUGUACAAGGCCGGGGAUGGCAAACCGGAGGAUUUACACAGAUGUUUCACUUCCAGAAAAAGUCAGGUAGCACUUUACGUCGAGGCUGAUCCGCCUCUGGAUAUUUUAAAGAAAGAUACCAUCGAGUUUACUUAUGAUCUGAUGCCACAGAAAAAUCUGGCGGAUGACAUGGAAGAAUGCCGGCCCUGUAGUGAUGACGAAAUUUUGCAAUCUUUCUGUACGAGUGAUUUUGUUAUACAAGGUACAGUGUCGGCUCUUCAUCACAAUCCUGAAGCACAGACAUCCGAAUUGAAUAUUCGUGCUAGUGCUAUCAUAAGAAACAACCCACACAAGUCAUGGUCCAAUGCCAAAUAUGUGACUUUAUACAGACCGCUGAAAUGCGGAACGAAAGCUGGAAUGGGAGAAUUUCUGUUCCUCGGUAGAUGGCGCUUAGGACAGCCUGUCAUUCACUGUGCGCCGAGACUGUCUCAUUGGAAAGAAAUUCGAAGGAAAGCCAUCUCUGAGGGAACUUCUCAGUGCCAUCUUCCAUUAAAAUAACAGUAUUCUCACAUACCGAACGUUGGUAACAUUAAAAUCCAUUUCCGCCAAAAUCGUCAGUUCAUUUUCGAAUUCAAAACAGACAUGUAUGGCAACGUACACAGUACAGCAGAAUAAACUUUGUUUUGAAUGCUAUAAAAACUGCGAACUAUAGUGUGUAUAUUUGUAAGCUUAAAAGAAGAAGAAAAAACCCUUCUGUGAUAAAAUUAAAUGUAUUUAAAUUUUAAUUUGUGAAGAUGAGAUGAAGGGGCAGAUACUUUUCUGUGUUAGUUACGCGUUUGCAAUACAGUUUUUCUUUAAUAAUCAUUCUAAAUAGAGUUGUAUAUUUUUUAUUGAUAUAAAUAUACAUGAAGUUUUUGUAAAAAAAAAUUAGUGCAAUUCUUUUUUGUACUGUUUGAUAAUGUGUCAAAAAGUA